GACGAACAAACAGAUCGAUUUUCAGUUCAAUCGAAGUCGCAAUGAAGUCAUUCGCAGUGCUGGCCAUUUUGGCCGUGAUUUUGGCCAUGGCCCAGGCCACCGACUACUGUUCGUGGGACAUUUGCAACGGGGGAUCGCACAUUGCCUGUGGCCACAGCAAUUGGUGGGACAGCAGCUGCCCGGGAGACGCCCAACUGAUCGACAUCAAUGACGACUACAAGUGGGUGUUUGUCCACUCGCACAACGAUAAGCGAAACUACAUCGCCGGUGGCUAUGAUCCCAACCACAAUGCCGCCUGCCGAAUGGCCACCAUGGAAUGGGACGACGAGCUGGCCUACCUGGCCUCCCUGAAUGUGCGGCAGUGCAACAUGGUGCACGAUAGCUGCCACAACACCGAUGCCUUCAAGUACUCCGGCCAGAAUCUCGCCUGGCAGGCAUACUCCGGCGAUCUGCCCGAUAUGGGAUAUAUCCUCGACAACAGCGUGCAGAUGUGGUUCGACGAGGUGCACAACUCCAACUCCGGAAUCAUCGCUGGUGGCUACCCAUCCGGAUACAGCGGACCUGCCAUUGGCCACUUCACUGUGAUGAUGUCGGAGAGGAACACCCGCGUGGGUUGCGCAGCCGCUCGCUACAACCGCGAUGGAUGGAACCAGGUCUUGGUGGCAUGCAACUACGCCACCACCAACAUGAUCGGUCGCCAGAUCUACUCCAGCUGCGACUGGGGAGCACAGGGUUGCGGAUCCGGAACCAAUGGGGAGUUCGGAAACCUCUGCUCUCCCUCCGAGUGGUACGAUGUCAACAGCUGGUAAGCCCGCCCGAUUUAGCAUUAUCUAAACAAUGGGAACAGCAAAUAAAAAGUAUAUAUAAAGCCAUUUCAUAUAAUGAGAUAAACAAAA